UCAAAAUUGUUUAAAUUCCGAAUAGAACAAUGGUGGAGCAACAGAAAAAGCGUUUGGAAGACGCCAUCAGCGACAUGAUAGAGGACAUGUACCGCACCCACUUGCGCAGGAUGCAGUCGACGAUGCACCGCUGUGCCGCCCGUUGCUGCGAUGAUGAGCGCGGGACACUGACGAGCGUGCAGAACUGCAUCGAGAAGUGCGCCGGGCCACUGAUGGAUGCCCAGGAUUACCUGCAGCACGAGCUGGGCCAGUUUCAGAACCGCCUCCAGAACUGCGUCAGGGAUUGCAACAGCGAUGCCCGCUCCCGCCUGCCUAGCAAUCCCAGUGACCGGGACAUGUCCCGAUCCCAGCACAUGUUUGAGAGCUGCUCGGGCAACUGUGUGGACAAGCAUAUAAACCUGAUUCCGGGACUGCUCAAGUCGAUCAAGCAGACCCUGGAAAGGGGUCCCCCCAAGAGACCUGGAAGGGAUCGCGGACUGGACCUUUAAGAGAGCUACGUUCGCAGGAUAGAUUUGCAUAAAAAACACGCCAGUCGAGAAGUUGACAAUGAUAUAUCUAUUUAUUGAAUAUUUUUGGUACAGCUAACACUAAAGAUACACUAAAGGAAACUGUGAUCCGGGGAUGGCUUAUCGGAGGAGGGCUUAUCAGCGUCCACGUGUGCCUUACUUUUCUUGUUUGAACUUUAAGCUCCCGGAUCUUCUUGGGCCCUAGCUCAUUAAAUAUCUAGUAAUAAAGAUUCUUAGUAAUAUGCAA